CUUCGGAUACUUCAAGGACAAUAUCAGUUCCAGAGCCCACACACAUCUGGAUUUGACAUGGGAGCCGAACAUAUUAGGAUGUUCUCGCUGGUUAUGUAUUGCCUGAUUACUCUGGUUGGGACGGUUGGUAAUGGUCUGGUCAUCUACGUGACCGGCUUCAAGAUGAAGAAAACAGUCGACACUGUGUGGUUUCUCAACUUGGCUCUGGCCGACUUCCUCUUUACAGCGUUCCUGGUGUUUACAGCAGUGUCUCUCUCUCAGCAGCACCACUGGCCCUUUGGAGAAUUUAUGUGCAAACUCAACAACUUUGUGAGUUUGGUCAACAUGUUUGCCAGCGUCUUUUUUCUGACAGCCAUCAGUCUGGAUCGUUGCGUGUCCAUCUGGGUGGUGGUGUGGGCACAAAACAAGCGCACCGUCCGCAAAGCUCAAGUCAUAAGUGCUGCAAUCUGGUUGGCUGCAGCCAUCUGUAGCACACCUUAUGCAUACUUUCGUACUGUGAAAGUUGGCAAGAAUCAGACAUACUGCUGGUACCCUUCAACUAUGACAGAAAACCAACACUGGACAUUGUGUAUAUUCCGCUUUGUUAUGGGUUUUCUCAUCCCRWUCCUGGCUAUAUUUUUCUCAYAUGURGCCAUAUGGAUUCGYGCCAGGCGUAUGCAGAGAAUGAGGAAACGAAGAUGUCACCGGAUCAUUUUCUCCAUCAUUUUUGCAUUCUUUAUCUGCUGGUUGCCUUUUCAUGUUUUGGGUUUCAUUCAAUUAAAAUUCCCUGCUUUCUCAGAUGUACAGAACUUUGUUCGUGUUGCAGGUCCUCUAACUGUAAGUCUUGCCUUCAUGAACAGCUGCUUGAACCCCAUCCUCUAUGUUUUCAUGUGUGACGAGUUCCAGAAGAAGCUCAAGCAGUCCGUUUGCUCUGUGAUAGAGAGCGCUCUGGCGGAGGACCAUGUGUUAUUCGGAUCCUCUCGUUCACUCUCAUCUCACUUGUCAUUGACUGUCCAAAGAUGCACUGUGGAGGAAAAACAGGCUGUGACUUCUCCAACCUUCACAAAGACCAAUCUGGUUUCCACAGAAAUACAAGCGAGUCCCGAGGAAGACUUCAACAAAUUAUAGGAAAAUAUGAACAUCAAAUAAGUUUCUUAGAUGACAAAUGACCUGCACUUGUGUGGUACUUUGUACUAUAUUCAGCCAUUCAACCAUUCAGACACAUUCUCGCACUGAUGGGAGCCACAGCUGCCCAGGAGCAGACUGAACUUUCUUGCCCAAGGACACGACGACGCAGCGGGGGUUUGACCUGCUCCUACCACCAUCACCAUGAUGUAAAUGUUCUUAACAUUAGCAAAAAUAUUAUAUGAAGAUACAGCAAAGAGAAACAAAGUGCUGCCAAUUAAAGUUGGAAAUAACUUACAGUAAUUGAUGUUCAACAGUUUAAAGUGAAGUUAACUUUCAUUUGAGAACAAAAGAACUUGGUUUAUUUCUACUUUUCAUGGCUCUGACAUUUUGUAAUAAAUGUGUAUGUAAAUGUUUAUAACAGCAUCACCUCGUGAUGGUUGGUGCCACGGGAGAUGAAUUAAUCUAGAAAUAAAAGUGUGCCAAUGAAUCUGUGGUGUUAUCCGUAGAUAUGGAAAAAUGCCCCACAAUAUUCAUGAUUGCCUUUUCUUUUAAUAUUACAUGUACGCUUGAGUGUCUGUUUUAAUAAUAAAUGAACAAAC